UUGUCAAUAAUAAUUGUCAAUUGUCAUUGUCGUUAUUGAGGUUAUGUGUGCGGUUAAUUUAUUUAUUACUUUAUUUUUGGAAAAUUCGCUAUCAGCACAAAAGUAUCACUGUUAUAAAUAAGAUGUAAUACUGACGUUAUCAUAAAAAAUAUUAUAAAUAAUGCCCGAAGUAAACAUCGAUUCAACAAUUGGAAAGUAUGAACAGUAUAUCGAAAAUGUCCUCAAAGAGGAUUUACGAAUAUUGUAUUUAAAGUUGCAGAAGAUAAACGCCGAACUAACAGACCUUAUACAACAAAAGCAUACUCUCAAAGUUAUUGUAGAUAAAUCAGUUCAUCCAAACGGUAUCAAAACACAGGUAAACAUUGGAUGCAACUUUUUCAUGGAGGCCUCUGUGGCUGAUACAUCAAAGUUACUAAUGAAUAUUGGCCUCAAUCACUAUUUAGAGUUCUCAACUGAUGAAGCAUUCAAGUAUUUAGAUGCCAGAAUAAAGGUUUUUGAGCAGAAAUCAGAGGAAAUAUGCAAUAAGGCUGUAGAGACUAAGGCGCAUAUAAAGUUAAUGUUGAUCGGCAUAGGUGAAUUAGAAAAUCAAAAGAAUGGCAAAAAGAGUUAACAUUCAAAACGUAUUACUUAAUAAUUCAGUAUAAAUAAAUGGUCAUCCAAAUUCCUGUCAUGAGGUCUAUGUGGAACUACCAGCAACUCUUCAAUGAUAUUGUUUGUUCAGCUACAAGCGGGUAGAUUUGUUGAUGAAUUAUAGAAGUUAUUUAAGAGUACAUUAUAUUACUUGGGUUCUUUUAAUAAGAUUAUCUGGAAAUGUCUGAUGAUGUUAAUAAUAAAAUUAUAAAGCAAAUGUAUAUAUACUAAUUUUUGACUUUUAAUAAGAAGAACAUUUUUAAAUGGGGCUAGUUAGUAAGAAAAUCAAUUUAAAGUCCACAUAGCAA